AUGGAGAACAUGAUGCAGGGCAAUAAGAUCAGACGAGUUGCAGCUACUCGCAUGAAUGAGAGGUCAUCUCGAUCACACACGAUUUUCCGGAUUAUUCUGGAGUCGAAAGAUGCCAAUCAGAAAGAUGGACCUGUACAUAUAAGCUACCUUAACUUAAUGGACUUAGCUGGUUCUGAGAGAGUUUCUCUGACGAAAGCUGCUGGAAAUGUGAUAAGGCAACUAAGCGAGGGGAAGGAGUUUAUCAGUUAUCGCGAUUCGAAAUUGACUAGACUGCUCUCACAGGCUCUUGGCGGUAAUGCCAAAUCAUUGAUUAUCGGGAAUCAUGUGGCAGACCAGGUUGAUAAGAGGUACUUGAUUAGAUGCAGUUAUAUUGAAAUCUACAAUGAAAAGAUCAAUGACCUCCUGGAUAAGAGCAAUCAGGGUUUAACUAUAAGAGAAGAUAUCAAAGGAAAUGUGCUGCUUGAUGCAAGGGAAGCUGUCGUAGACAAUGUUGAUAAAGUUAUGGAGAACAUGAUGCAGGGCAAUAAGAUCAGACGAGUUGCAGCUACUCGCAUGAAUGAGAGGUCAUCUCGAUCACACACGAUUUUCCGGAUUAUUCUGGAGUCGAAAGAUGCCAAUCAGAAAGAUGGACCUGUACAUAUAAGCUACCUUAACUUAAUGGACUUAGCUGGUUCUGAGAGAGUUUCUCUGACGAAAGCUGCUGGUGAGCGUCUUAAAGAGGGGGCUAACAUAAACAAAUCUUUGUCAGUAUUAGGAAAUGUGAUAAGGCAACUAAGCGAGGGGAAGGAGUUUAUCAGUUAUCGCGAUUCGAAAUUGACUAGACUGCUCUCACAGGCUCUUGGCGGUAAUGCCAAAUCAUUGAUUAUCGGGAAUGUUACUUUAGCUGCAGAGGAGGAGACUAGAUCUACACCAGAAUUCGCCCAAAGCACUAAAACUGUCAAAAAUAAAACGAAAGUAAACAUCUUGUCAGCUACAGAAGAGACACUUCAAGGAUAUCAGAACUUGACUCGCGAUCUCGAAACUCGGCUCAAAAAGCAGGCAAUUAAGCUAAAAGAGAUGGAUAAAAGCAAACAAGAGUAUCUGCUCGAGAUAGAAAGACUAAAAACGGAAGUAUCUAUUGUCGGGCGCUUUCAAAUGGGAGCCUCGGCAUCAACACCGAAAAAAACAUUAAGACGUCAUACUUUUGGACACUAUGGCAACGUAUCACCUAAAAAAGCAUCCCUAGGGUAUAUGCCAUUGAAAAAUUAUCCACCCAAAGAAGAAUCAUCCGGACGUGAAAUGAGGCCUAUUCAAGAAGAGACAUAUGAGGAGGCACUAGCCGAAGCAGAAUCUGUGAUAGCUGAAGACGUGCAAGUGUACUUAAAAGACAACUCAAAGAACUGGAAGAAUCUUUCAAUGAGCUUAGAGAAUUCACUAAACUAG